UUUAAUAAAUUUAUCAUAUGUUUGAGUAAAUAAUAAUUCUUUUUUUAAAUCAUAAAAACACAAAUUUGGCAUAAUUUAUCAACGAAACAGCAGAAUGUCACUUAGCAGGGAAGAAAAAACAAAGAAAACAAGUAUACCCAAAUAUGCCACGUUCAUAAUUAGUGGUAUCGCUGCAUCUGGAGCGGUAAUAUUCUGCCAUCCGAUAGACGUUAUAAAAAACAGGAUGCAGCUAAGUGGAGAGGGUGGUGCUAAAAAAGUACACAAAAGUUCAUUUCAUGCUGUCACAAAUAUAAUAAGUAGGGAUGGGCCUUUGGCCUUGUACGACGGGUUUUCAGCUAACAUUGCAAGACAACUUUGUUACACUAUGACCAGGCUCAGUGUCUUUCAGUUAUUAAUCGAUAAAUUUAAAACUUCUGGAUAUGAGGGUUUAAAACCACAAAUCGCUGCUAGUCUUACUGCUGGAUUUGUUGCUUCAUUAAUUGCAACACCGACUGACGUCAUUUUAGUCAGGAUGACAGCAGACAGGCGUCUCGCACUAAAUGAACAAAGGCAAUAUAAGCAUGUCUUAGAUGCCUUUUUAAGAAUAAGGAAAGAAGAAGGUAUUGUAAAUUUAUGGGCAGGUGUUAUUCCCACUGUUCUGAGAGCGCUUGUUGGCAAUGUAACACAGCUUGUUACUUAUGUACAAGCCAAAUCUUUUCUUUUGUCUAAAGAAUAUAUGAAAGAUGGUAUAGGAGUUCACUUUCUUGCGAGUUUAGCCUCAGGCCUGAUUUACGCAUUUUCUACAACUCCAAUAGACGUUGCUAAAACAAGAUUGCAAAUGAUGAAAAGAACUUCUGGAGUGCCAGCGUACAAGGGCCUAGCAGAUGUAUGGACAAAGACGAUUAAAAACGAAGGAGUGACAGCCCUAUGGAAGGGUUUCAUUCCAUACUACCUCAAAAUAGCUCCAAACACAGUACUGCUCUUCAUAUUUGUCGAGCAGUUAAAUCGUAUGUACAAAGUGUAUGUAAUGAAAGAUUCAAAUGCAAAAGGAUUGUGAUGUUGAUACUAAGAAAUUAAGCAAAAUACAAAAUACAGAAACACCUUCUUCCAUGGCAUUCAAUUUUUUUAUUGUCUUAAGUAUGUAGUAUGUAAAAAUGACAAAAAUUUUCAAAAUUAUUUUUUGUUAAUUAUGUACAUGCCAAUUGUUUUUGAACUAGUUAAUAACAGUCAAAAUGAGAAAAUGUCGAACACCGUAAACUCUCGAUCAAGAUCAACACAUCGCAAAUUUCACCAUGUUUCACAAUAUGUGUUUUAAUGUUUAAUGUUAAUAAAAUAAGUAUUGGGUUGGAAAAGAGUC